AUGGUACCAGUGACAAACUUUACUGAAGAUGAAAACCAGAAAACGUACGGAGAACUGGUCUGCUCGGCGGAAUUUAUCAGAGGUGUAGAUGUUGAGUUUAUUCUUCUUUCCGCUGUAAAUGUAUUUCUUUCCAUCACUGCACUGCUGGGGAACACUCUGAUCCUAGUUGCUUUGCACAAGGAAAAUUCACUUCAUCUGCCGUCCAAACUCCUGUAUCGUAACCUAGCGAUAACUGAUCUCUGUGUUGGUAUUAUUGGACAGCCUUUGUCUGUAGUUUAUUGGACUUCUGUUGUGAAUAAAAGAUGGAAUAUUUGCUAUUACUCACUCCCGGGAUCGCGUUUCUCAGGUUAUAUUUUGUGUUCAGUGUCUUUAUCAACAUCUACUUUAUUAAGCGUGGACAGACUUCUCGCCUUGUUGCUGGGGUUCAGAUACAGACAAGUUGUAACUUUGAGAAGAACAUGUAUAACUGUAAUCGGUUUUUGGAUUUUGUCCAUCGUUGCUUCAUCAACUUUAUUUUGGAAUUCUCUUAUAACUUCAUGGUAUCAAUACAUAGGUACGGCUAUGUGUCUAGUCACCACAAUCUUCGCUUACACAAAAAUUUUCUUCUCUAUGCGUCAUAAUCAAAUUCACGUUCAAAACCAUGUUGCUCAAGGACAACGAAGGCAAGCAAUUCCACUGAACAUAGCUCGAUACAGAAAGGCAGUGUACAAUGCAUUGUGGGUGCAGGUAACAUUGGUUAUUUGUUAUCUUCCGUAUGGUAUAGUAGUAGCUUUGCAACCUCAGAAAGGGAUGUCUCUAUCCGUUUACUGUGCUUCGCAAUUUACGGCUACCUUUGUGUAUUUAAACUCAUCAUUAAACCCGUUGUUGUACUGUUGGAAGAUCAGAGAAGUGAGGCAAGCUGUUAAAGAAACAUUAAGGCAACUUUUCUGGCGCUCUAGUUAG